AUCCCAUCGGGUGAUUGGACGAUUACGAUGAAGAGAUGGAGGAUGAUGACGUGAUAAAAGCGAUCAUUACGGAAAUUAAGAAACCACGCUCGAAACCGGCCGACAUCCAGACGGAAGAUUUUGUGGUGGAUCUUUCGUUCCAUCCGUGUGAAGACAUUCUUGCCGUUGGCACGUCCGUGGGCGAUGUGCUGAUGUACAAGUAUUCGAACGAGCAAAACGUCCUACGGCAACACACGAAACUGCACACGAAAGCGGUCCGUUGUUUGGAGUUUUCCCGCGAUGGUUUAUCCAUCAUUUCCACCGGCCGGGAACGUUCGAUUGUGGUAGCGGAUACGGAAACUGGGAAAUUUAAACGGGUCUGGGAAGGAGCACACAGUGAACCGGUGUACUCGAUGGCGGUGCUUGGAGAGCAUCUGUUUGCGACGGGCGAUGACGAUGGUGAGGUGAAGCUGUGGGAUCUGCGGCAGAAAGAUGCGGUGUUUGGAUUGCGACCGGUGGAGGACUUUGUCUCGUGCAUCCUGUCGAACGGCCAGCAACAGAAGUAUUUGCUGAUGACGAGUGGCGAUGGUCUGCUGACGACGAUAAACAUUGCUCAACGUAAAAUGUUCGUCCAGUCAGAACCGUACGAAGAGGAACUCAACUGCAUGGGAACAUUCAAGCGCGAAAGCAAGCUUGUGGUCGGUACAUCCAAGGGCAACUACUACACCUUCAACUGGGGCCAGUUUGCGUACCACUGCGAUGCGUUUACCGGACCGAAAGCGAGCGCAAACCGUAUGGUACCGAUCACGGAACAGAUUGCCGUCAUGGCCGGUGAGGAUGGCAUUAUCCGGGCGAUGCAUCUAGUGCCGGGCCGUGUGCUCGGUAUCGUGGGCCAACAUUCGAUGGCGAUCGAUACGAUGGACAUCAGUGGGAGCGGUGAGCUAAUUGCGACCAGCUCGCACGACAACGAUGUACGCUUCUGGAACAUUAAAUACUUCGAAGACUUUGACGGUAUCAAGUACAACAGCAAACCGGACAAGCGGACGCUGAAGCAUAACCUUCCCUCAUCGCAGCGCGUCAAUGCAAAGGAUUUCUUUGCAGGGUUGAACGAGUAAGAGGAGCUUCUUUUCGGUAAGGCGAGCGUAUCCGCUGAACGGCGGGUAGAAUUGUUAUUUUAAAAUUAUAAGCCGAUCUUGUCUUGGUGAAGUCGAGUCUAGCACGUUGCCUAAACCCGAUUGGUGAACAAGGCCUACAAGACAGAUUUAUUGCGUAUUGUGAGGAUUGUUAGGGCGGUCGCGUAGCACGGCACUAUUGUAACGCUUCACAAGCCUGUCUUUAUCAAUAUAAUUGUGUAGUUUCUUCGAGAAAUAAAAUAAAA